UUUUUAUCCGUGUAAAAACGUUAGCUGCACCGGAACUCGAUGCGUCGUUACCCCGUUUAUCGUCUUUAUGCAUUUCCCCCUUAGUAAUUUGGAGCGGCUUAAUGUUUUAAUGCAGUUAAAUUUUAAUUUUGUUGUAGAUUUUGGUACAACUUUAUUUAAAUAACAGUCUCGCACAAGUACGAAGUGAAAACAAUUAUGGUUAAAUAGUUUAUGUUAAUCCGUUUAGUGUCACCGGUUGGACAUUUUUACAUAUGUACAUUUAAAUAAAUUUCUCUUGAUUUUUGGCUUAAAGUUGCUCCUAGUCACUUCUAAUUUCUUCAUAUAAUUCGCUGUAGAAAUAGAUGCAUAUCUUUUUUGUACAUAACGAAAAGCAAUGGAAAAUUGCUACAUAAAAAAAUUCUCCAACAAAUAUUUUAUAUCCUUCAUAUAGUUGCGAUUUUGCUGUACAACUAAUAUAAAAUUCCGUUACAUGUAUCAUUCUCUAAAUGGUGCAACCCGCAGCUCAUCCUAUUUAGACAUUUUUCAGUAAAGUAUGGUUAGUCUUAAAUGCACAGGCAAUUCGAAUUUUACAUCCACAGCUGUGACAGUCAUUGUGUUGACUUCUGCCCAACAACCAUCAUUUCAUGUAGUAUCAGUUUUUGGGCUAUGCUCGUCUUCGUUCUAUUAGAAGCAUACAUUCUCUCAGCGUACUAUUUUUGGACACAACUGCUGGUCGUACCGUAUUAUGGAAGAAAAAUGUCCCAAAUCUAUUGAUUCGAAUAAAUUUGGCAUUGCUACAACCACCGUUGUUGCUGCCGCUAAAAAUAAAAAGGAACAAUCGGAUUCAUUAUCGCUGAAUCAACAACCUUCAACUUCGUUCAAUUUGAAUACGGCCUCAAUGUCGCUGUUGCAAGGUGAAUUCGUUGACUCACGACAUGAUUUUGCAGAAGUUUUGGACGACGAAACUACGACUUCCGGUGUAUUGGAAACAUUUGAAAUAAGUUCGUCCAACUCCCUUCCGCCAAGCAGUUCAGAUGGACACAGAGAGGUUGUGGUGGACGACAGCUCUUCUACCGAUACAAUUAAAUUGGUGGGUGUGUCGGACGACACAACAUGCACCAAUAAGAAAUUUUUCGAUGUCUCUGAAGUUUUUGUAAUAAAUGAUGAUGAUGAUGAUGAUGACGAUGAUGAAGGUAUUGAGCCGGAAAGUGAAGUAGCGGAAGUGGAAGAUGUAUCUUCAGCGCCUGCAAUUGAAAAUGUUGUGAAUCAAUAUUGUUUGGAAGAUAAUUCCAAUCAGCAUGAACACAAUCGUUUUUCGACAAAUAGUACUAAUAGUCAAUUGAGCAAUGAAAUGGGCAGUGUUAUUGUGACGAACGGACACGGUGCGACAAUAUAUCUUGAAACACCAGUGGUUGAGGAACAAAAUCAACAUCAUGCUCAGCUAAAUAAUAUUGGUGGUGAUCAAAAAAGCGAGUUUGGUGAGAAGACAGGAAAACCCAAACGUCUGAGCGAUGAAUUUAUGCAAACAGAUGAGGCAGAACCAUUUGGCAAAAUCGAUGAAAAAAAUACUCGAAAUACAAACGGCGAAACUAAAUCUAGCGUAAUAACAGCACUUUUAGGGCUUGAUGGCAAUGAAAUACUUCCUGAUCGCAUGUCUUUUCGACUGAAAAAAAUGAACAUAAGCAACACGACUAGUGAAAAGCUACGCGAACGUCCUUCCAGUUCAAAAAGCAACGUAAAUAAUAUUGUAGUAUUACCAAGGCCACAUAUUGCUGAUAUCGAAACGAUUGAUGCGAUAGAACGCACCGAUUUCGAGGAAGAACAACGAUUGACAGGUGGUAUUAUUUUGAAAAACAGCACAGUCGCAAAGAAAAACAUGCUUAAUUUAAGGCUGAUAAAAUCGUCAUGUAUGCAAAAAGACUCAGGAGGCCAACAGGAUCAGUUGGAGUUGGGAGAUGAUUGUCCCAGCAGCAGCAGCAAUAUAAAUAAUAGUAGUCACAGCGGUGUUGGUCGUGCCGUUUCAUCUGACAGCAAGUGCGCUUACAAAGAUCCAACGUCAACGCCAACGAGUAGUCGCCCUCACACCAGUCGUUUAACCAAAUCUACUGCCAAACUUAAUUUGUGCUCUUCUCUAAGUCAUCCCCUACAUCGGCAAGCACAAUCAUUUCAGGAUCGAACCAAAGGUGCCAACAUUUCCAAAACACAGCUAAAAUCAACACAAACUGGCAAUAAAAACAGUCUGACAUCGUUAACUUCAUCUUCCCAUACAUUUACGAAUUCCGUUUCGUCGGCAUCUACAUCUGCCUCUUCGUCCUCCUCAACGGCAUCAUCUUCUUCAUCUACAUUAUAUUCGUCUACAUCAUCUUCAGUAAUUGUAGAGGCACCUACUGCCACAUCGACAUCAUCCUCAUCAUUGCCAGGCGCCGCGGCUUGCACAGUUGGCGGCGGAGGAGCGGAAAUAUACUCAAACUCUAAUUCGAAUGACAGUCUUAUGAGUAGUACAUCAACAACUAUCAAUUGUGGACAGCGACAGCAACAACAGCAGCAGCCGCAACAGCAACAACAGCAACAACAACAAUUGCUACCAUAUAUAUUAGUUGAUAAGUCCGAUGUAGGAGGCUGUAGCCGCACCAGUUCGAUGCAUGCCGCCGUGGCAGUAGCUGCAGAUAAUGCUGCGCUCGCUGCUGCUUCCACAGAAGCCGAAGUCAUUCCUGUUUUCGAUGACGCUCAACCUUCAACUUCGUCUGCUCGCUGUCAUUAUGCUCCGUCCAUGAAGAAUUUGCGUCAGGUACACGCUAGCGCUCAAACGAAUGAACGUUACCUUAGACGUUCUGUUGGCUCACAGGAUUCUGGAAAUGUCAAUGGCCUUCCAACUAGUGCAAGAUUUCGUCGUCGCGCCGAAUUUGCAGCUCAGCUAACCAAUCCUCCUGACGAUAUGUCUCUUGAAGCUUUCAAGGCGUUAGCGCAUGCUGCUGCUCAAGCAGUUAUUUCUGACUAUAAUGAAGAAGCUUCAUGGGCCGAUUGUGACGAGAACACGUCCGAUGAGGAAAUAUGCACUUGCAAUCAUAGUAGCAGUAGCAGCGCAAGCAAUAGCAGUCACGGCGGUAGCAAUACCAGCUUAAACGAGACGGACAUUGAUGGAGCUGACAUUUCUUCGACAGCUGCUGGUGCCGAUGUCAGUGCCAACUGCACAGCCAAAGAUGGUGAUCUGUCAAAUUAUAUACAAAUGGUUUCGAUAUCAGAGGAGGUGGGUGGCAAUGGCGGCGCAAACAACACCCCGGAAAAUGCAUCCACCUGUGCACACAUUAACGCUCAACAGCGUAAGCGAAAAUACGAUAGCCGUUUGCCGGAUGCGAAUGCCAGCGCAGUAAUAUCCAGCAGCGGUAAUACUGCCAACAUUGACGAUCUUAAUGGCAGAAAGCGUAUAGCUUAUGAUUUUGCAUUAACGCCGCGCCACUGUAGUGCUUUAGUAGCUAAACCCUCCACAACUUCAACACAACUGGUACCGCUGUCAGCCAUCAACAACUCGCCAGUUGGUCGUCGAACACCGCGUUCCAUCAUACCUACACGUGAGAAUCCACCUCCUGAAUUACAGCAUUGGCUGACACAAUUUCAACGUUGGACACAUGUUGAGCGACUGAUGGCCAUCGAUCGUCUGAUUGAGUAUUGCGAGCCAACACAAGUGCGUCACAUGAUGAAGGUGAUUGAACCUCAAUUUCAACGCGAUUUUAUUUCACUGCUGCCGCGUGAGCUAGCAUUACAAGUGCUCACUUAUUUGGAUCCAAAAGAUUUGCUGCGUGCCGCGCAGACUUGUCGCAGUUGGCGCUUUUUAUGUGACGACAAUUUGUUGUGGAAAGAGAAAUGUCGCAAGGCGCAAAUACUCACGGAGCCACGUACGGAUCGGCCGAAACGCGGACGCGCAGGCAAUAUGCCACCAAUUGCCUCACCAUGGAAAGCUGCAUAUAUGCGCCAGCAUAUAAUCGAAAUGAAUUGGCGUUCACGACCAAUACGCGAACCGAAAGUUCUGAAAGGGCACGACGAUCAUGUCAUCACUUGUCUACAAUUUUCGGGCAAUCGCAUAGUGUCCGGCUCAGAUGACAAUACAUUGAAGGUUUGGUCGGCUGUGACUGGCAGGUGUUUGCGCACGCUGGUCGGUCACACUGGGGGCGUCUGGUCCUCACAGAUGUCGGGCAAUAUAAUAAUCUCAGGUAGUACCGAUCGUACGCUGAAAGUGUGGGACAUGGAUUCCGGUCAAUGCUUACACACAUUGCAGGGGCAUACCUCCACAGUGCGAUGUAUGCAUUUACACGGUAAUAAGGUCGUCAGUGGUUCGCGCGAUGCGACUUUACGUGUUUGGGAUAUUGUGCAAGGUAUAUGUUUGCAUGUUUUGGUGGGUCAUUUGGCGGCGGUGCGUUGUGUGCAAUAUGAUGGCAAAUUGAUUGUGUCGGGAGCUUACGAUUACAUGGUGAAGAUUUGGCAUCCCGAACGGCAGGAAUGUCUACACACCCUCUCUGGGCACUCAAAUCGUGUUUAUUCCUUGCAGUUCGACGGAAUACAUGUGGUAUCCGGUUCGCUAGAUACCUCUAUACGUGUUUGGGACGUUGAGACUGGUAAUUUGAAGCACAUACUCAUGGGUCAUCAAAGUCUGACAUCCGGCAUGGAAUUGCGACAGAAUAUUUUAGUAUCUGGCAAUGCGGAUUCCACGGUAAAAGUAUGGGAUAUCACAACAGGCCAAUGCUUGCAAACUUUGUCAGGUCCCAAUAAACAUCAAUCGGCUGUAACGUGCUUGCAAUUCAAUUCACGUUUUGUGGUAACGAGCUCUGAUGAUGGCACCGUGAAACUGUGGGAUGUGAAAACUGGCGAUUUCAUACGUAAUUUGGUCGCAUUAGAUUCGGGCGGCUCCGGUGGCGUUGUCUGGCGCAUAAGAGCGAACGACACGAAAUUAAUAUGCGCAGUUGGUUCGCGUAACGGUACGGAAGAAACCAAACUAAUGGUUUUGGACUUUGAUGUAGAAGGAGCUUGUGUGAAAUGUUCAUAGAAAAUGUGACAACAGAUUUGCUGCAAAUAAAUACUACAUCUAAUUAAAAAUACUACACCUAAGGAGCAGUAAUUCACAAUUGCAGCAUGUGUAAACAAAAACAAAAGCAAAACACGAGUCAUAUGUACGAGUAUGUAUGUAUACGGAUUUCGUUGAAAUUGUCCAAAGCGCUGAAAUUUUGUAAUGUCAUGCACACGAGCGUCCUACAACUUACUACUGGAAUUUAACGUCGUAAGUUUAGUACGAAAAUAAUGGUUUACCCUGAUGUCAUGUUAAAGAAAUGGCGACAACAAAAAUUGAGUGUACAGAUAUAAUCCAGAUGCUUUUGAAACUAGGAGCGAAAUUAUCUGCUGCAAUUCACAUAUGAUAAUUGGUAAUAAUGAGAAGGGCGGUACCCAAUCGGAGGAUGUGCAUACAAACUUGGCUCUAAAUAUUAAGCAUAACUUGUUUAAAUUUUUUAAGAUUAACAUUAAUUUAGUAGAGAACUUAAAAUUCAUUUAUUAUGCAGUAAUGCAAAUUCAGUGUCUAUAUCUUCCAGUUGGGUAUAGCUUAAGUCGCUAAAAUUGUGUCUAGCUCGAAGAAAUAUGGCAGUUAUACAUAUGUAUACCGUUGCAAACGCAUGUAAAAAAGGAGCAAAACGCUGUACCAUUAUAAUCGCGUGUAGAACAAAAAGGGAGCAAAAAGAUGUAGAGUUUAGAAAAUUUAAUUUUGGUAAUUCGUUUUACAUAUUCGCACAUACAACAACAAGAAGAAAUUCAAAAACAUUUAUACACAUAUAUUUUGUGUUAGUAGUACAACUAAUUUGUAUUUGUAAUGUUUACAUAUUUCAAUUAAUUUAAGUUAUCGAGUUUGAAUUUAACACAUUUUAAACGAAUUCGUCUGUUGAAAAUCGUGGAUAAAUCGUAACAAUAUAGAUCAUAUUAAUAAUGAGAGCUUUAUAAUCUUAUCAUGUACGAGUAUGCGUAGCGAUUUGGUUUGCGAUUAUAAACAUACCUACCCACUUACUUAUAUUGUAAAAUAAUGUCAAUUGGAGUUGUUGUACUAUUUACAUGUUUCAUACUUCAACACUCAGUUACAUACAUAUAUAUUUCUAUAUGCAGAUUUUGUGCAUUAUCGUUUCACUUGUGUUUUUAUUAUUUUUCUCUUUUCCCCUUACUAUUGUACUGUUAAACCUUUUUAUGUUGUUGGCAAAGCUUAAAAGCACUAGCAGUUUGCGAACAACAAGUAUUUCAAGCAUACUCAUGCGUAUUGAAGUAAUUGUAAACGAUUUUAUUUAGAAACUUUCAAUUGAAAAUUAUGUUCUUCCACAGAAACCACCUUAUCGCACAGUUUUUCGUUGUGGGUUUGGUGGUGCGUAAUUUGUUACAAAAAAAAAUUAGUAAAUUUCUGUUUUGCUUUUUUUUUUAAACAACUCAAGUUUUAAGAGUCAUCACGUUAAUAGUUUUGUUUAAAUUGUGUUAUCAAACCAAACAUUCACAUACAGUUGUUAGGUAGUAUUUUUUUUUUUUUCCAAUUAUUAUUAUUAAAAUAAUUUGUAUUUUCACGAUUUGUUAGCUUCGUUCAUAGCAUUCAGAGCAAACGCGCAAUUGUUAUAGUCCGUUUAAGAAACAAACACAACACCUUAUUAAGGCAACGCUGUCAGCAUCUUUAGUUGAUUAAUUUCAAAUAUGGCUUGUUACAUUUUAAAAUAAGUAUAUUUGCCACGAAUAUUGCCAUGCAUAUGAAUUUUCACACAAAUUUUCUGCAAAGAAAAUCCGAAAGCAUAUUUACAUAUAUAGAGCAAACUAAAUGCUAAACAAAUUGAACAAAAAAAUGCAAACCUAUCGCAGCUAGUAAUCGAAGAAUCGAAGAAGAUACAACCGUACACACGAGCAUAAGUUUGAAUGUAUAAGAUUUGUGAAUUUGUGUAGCAACGCACACAUGCAUAGGCAACGCCUCACAAUGCAUGAUAGCUAGAGUAUAUACAUACUACAUAUAUAUAUAAAUGACUAUUAAGCCUUUGAAAUUUGUUUUGAUAAGUAUAAGCAAAACCUUCGAGUUUUGGGUUUUUAAUGAAAUUAUUAUCUUAUUUUAUAUUCGUUUAUUAUAAGUCACGUGGAAUGACAUGUGCAAGCUCGUUCGCUCGUAGCCCAUUCAUGUUUAUCUGUCUGUCUGUAACUGUCUGUGUGUGUGUGUGUGUGUAUGCGUGUGUGCGUGCGUAUAGAAUACAUAUAUUAAGUGAAGCAUAAAAGAGAAGCAAACAAUUGAAUAUUAAAUUUUAAUUAUAGACUGAUUUAUUAGUAACUAAUCUAUAUUUUAAUAACAUUACUGUAUCAGUUUAAGUAUAACAAAAAGCAUAAGAAAACAAAACAAAACAAAAACGAUGCGAAAAGAAUGAAAAACAAAUAAUGCAUUAAAAGUUCAGGUCAAAAAUUUUGCCGUCGCAUAAAAACAACAGCAGCAGCAACAAGCGAAGCGAAAUAAAAAAAAAAAAA